CUUUGAGGCACCGUUAGCCAACAUGCUAACAGAGCGGCGGCAGACGGUCAGAAAGCAGUACGAAGCUCAGCAGCAGCGGAGAGCCUUGCAGGACACGACCAAUCACCUCUCCUCAACUCUGAAGGACACACCCACCCAACCUCACAAUACCAUUGCUUCUGUCUUAGUGCUGCCGCGUCGCAUUGGCCCCUCCCUCCAACUGGACCACACCCAGAAACUGCAGCUACAGCACCAGCUGCAGCAGCAUGUGCAACUGCUGACACAGGUUCACCUGCUGAGUCGCCACAUUGCUGCCCUGAAUCAUGAAGCCUCCAUCACCAAACGCUACCUGGAGGAGCUGCAGCACUUCGCACAUCAUCAGGAGCAAGGCUGCGCCUUCAGCUGUUUCAGGGCAUGUAACCUGCAGGGUGCACUGGACCUCCUGCACGAGGUGGAGCAGAGGGACGAGCCUCCACCUGCUCCUCCCACUCGAGCCUCCAGACGCUGGCUCCCCCAGAUGACCCCUGCAACCAACAGUCUUGCCUUCCCUCUGCUGCCUGCCGACACCGCCUGGCUGUUCGCCACACGACCCGUGUUCCUAUACCCAGAACUACUUCCUGUCUGUAGCCUAGACCCCGCCCUCCACAGCAGGAACCUGAGAACAUUAUACACGCCAGGAGAGGAUUGUCUCAUCGUUCUCGGCCUGAAACACUUUGAGGGAGCAUUUCAGUCCGACGAGCUUAUCAGUUCAUACCUGCUCUGUAAGAGUCGAUGGAACUUCAGGAAGCACGUCAGAGAGAUGAGCAGCCCAAGAGCACCUGACAAUGUCAUCAAGACAUUUGUGACGAAGGGCGUCGUCCCGCCGCUGCCACUCGCCUGCAGCAGAGUCCAGCAGGAAGACCAGCGCCCCCCGGUGGACAGAGAUGGUGAAAACAUGCCAAACUGGCUCAAGAACAGUCGCCCAAGCAUCCAGAAGACCCGCUCAGAUGCCCGUUACCCCUCCUGGCUUCCUCCAGGCUGCACUCUCAGGCUCCACCCCAAUUAUAUCAACAGGUACCGCCCCCGCCCCCGCACCCACAGGCGCGUCUUCGCAUUGGCUCAUAAUGAAUCUCUGCUGCCACUCGCCAAAGCACAGGAGGAUCUGCCGGUGGAGCCACACGGAGAGAAACAGGUGGACAUGCGCUUUUUACCUGUUUCAGGCGUCACGUUAUUUUCUGCCCCCACUGCUGUGUCAGGAGCCCUACCAUUGGCACCAGCUUCUAUCUCUGGAGCGGUCCCACUGACUGCUGCUCAUCCAGGCCCCGCCCACCCCGUGUGUGCCAAGGUGAUGCAGUCCUGCCUUCCUAUUGGCCAAAAUACACCACAUACCGUGUCUGCACAGGAGAGCCCCACCCCCUCGACACUUCUACUGCCCAUUCCCUCUCUCACAAGUCCUAGCACUACAAACACACUGAAGCCGGGCUGCCUCCUCCUCCAGAUGGUGUGGACUCCCCCAGCUCCUCCCACCUCCCCCCAAAAUGUUUUGGAGCAUCACAUCCACGGGCCAAUCAAUGGGCAGCAGGAAGAGGUCUUUUCUAAGCAGGAAAAGCUAAAGCAGGAAGAGGAGAGCAUGGUCUUGGUAUCAACACUCAGCCUGACGUCAUGUACAGGAGAUGUGGAAGAAGAGGAGAGGCGGGAGGAGCAGAGACAGGAACAGGAGGAAAAGGCAAUUGUUAUUGGUGUCAGUUUGAAUGGAGGAGAAAACAAUGGUCAGGAGCAGGAGCAGUGGGGACGGGGAGGAGAGGGGGGAGAAGGAGGCGAAGCAGGUGAGAAUGAGCAGGGUGGAGAGGAAGAGGAAGGGAGACAGAGGGAGGAGAGGAGUGGAGCGAGAGACGACAGUGGAGGGAAGGAUAAGGACGAAGAUCAGGACCGGCAUGGAGAUGAUGAUGAUGAUGAGGACUUUGAUGACCUCACACAGGAUGAAGAUGAGGAAGAAGUGAUGUCAUCAGCAUCAGAGGAGUCUGUUCUGUCGGUUCCAGAGUUACAGGAGACAAUGAAGCAGCUGACGUGGCUUGCGGCGGAGCAGCGGCUCUGUACAGAUGGCGACUCAGAGGAGGAGCACUCUCCCACCUCUCCUGGGUCGCAGGAGGAGGAAGAGGAAGAGGAGGAGGGGCCAAAAGGAGAGGACUCAGGGGAGGGGCGGAGCAAAAAAGUGGGUUUAGAUGAGGAGACGCCGUCCAGAGAGCGGACGCCUGGAGGAGUAGGGGGGCGAUGUCCCGGACGAGGACGAGGCCGAAGCCAACCUCAUCGUGGCCUCAGGAGGAGCCGUCAGGAGCGCCACAGCAAAGAUGGCGCCAAACUGCUGCUGCUGUAUGACGAAAACAUCCUGGACAACGACCCGCACAGAGAGAGCAAAGACAUGGCGUUCGCACAGAGUUACCUCAGCAGGGUGCGUGAGGCACUGCAUGAUGUACCUGAGCAGGUGGAGGAGUUUGUGUCUCUGCUGAGUGAGUUUGAGCAGGUGGGAGAUGGACAGGAAGUGAUGCAGCUGUUCAGGAAACUGCGCUGCAUCCUGGGAAACCGGACAGACCUCCUCCAAGACUUCGCCGCUUUUCUGCAUCCUGACCAGGCGCUGCUGUGUGGACUG